AAAAAUAGCUUUAAAAAGUGGAGAGAGAUAAGACCAAGAAGAGAAGGUUAGCGAAGAGAACGGCGAUAAGGUGACCACACAAUUUCCCACCACCUACUUUCGCUUUGCUUUCCAACUACGCUCCAUUCGUUACUCUUUCUCUCUCUCCGAUACUCAAUCUCCCACUUUUCCUUCUCUUUUCUCUUCCCCUUCAUCCCAAGAAAAACAUUGAACUCAUCUGAGAGUUAUGGCUGAAAAAUCAAACAGCUCAGAAACAUUCGCAUCAUUUACAUAACUAGACUUACAAAAGAAGAUUCUAGGCUGACCAGAUAGCUUUCAGUUACUGCUUUAAUGGGUUCUGUGAGUAACACAAAUCCAUGGGUGGCUCCAAAUUCAGUUUUGAAGGACUGUUCCCAAGGGAUUUGCAGCAUGUAUUGUCCUCAAUGGUGCUACAUCAUGUACUCGCCUCCACCACCGUCAAUCGUUCUCGGGGACGGUUCAGAUGACGUUGAUUCUUCCUCCGGCUUCCAAUUCUCUCCCCUUAUAGUCGCAGUGAUUGGAAUCUUGGCAAGUACUUUCAUCUUGGUCACUUACUACACCGUCAUCUCAAGGUUCUGCAGGAACAGAGGAAGAGUUAACGAUCAAGCAAAUCAUAGCAAUGAUGAUACUGUUAAUAACAAUGAACCUUCUCAGGUUGCUGCGACUUCCGGCAUGGACGAGGCUCAGAUCAAAUCGAUAACCGUCUGUAAGUACAUCAAGAACGGUGGGUUGGUUGAGGGAAGUGACUGUUCCGUUUGUUUAUCAGAGUUUCAAGAGAAUGAGAGUUUGAGAUUGUUGCCCAAAUGUAACCACGCUUUUCAUCUUCCUUGUAUUGAUACUUGGCUUAAAUCACAAGCUAGUUGUCCCUUGUGCCGCUCCAAUAUUGUUUUCUGUAAUAAUAACUCCAAUCCCAGUCACUCUGACUCGGCAUUGACACAGAUUCCACAUCCACCACCGGCAACUGUCAGUGUCAAUUCCUUGGAAUAUCAGCAGAGGAGUGAUGAUGUUGUUGCAAUAAUUGUUCAGAGUUCACAGCAUCAGCAAGUUGUGGUUGAUUUUGGUAGUCAAGUCCAGCUGAUGUGUAGUUUUGAUUGAACUGAAGGAGAACAAAGUGAAUCUGUAAUGUGUGAAUCAAAUGGGAAAAAAAAAAAAGGAGCAGUGUGGAUGCAUCUUUGUUCAUCUCAAGGUGAGUGAAAUGGAAUCUUUUCUUCAAAAUUGAUGCCAUGUUCUGGAAUUUUUUGAAACUCGAUUAAUUAACUUCUGAUGUACUACUAUCAUUGUUGAGAAUUUGAGAUUAUUCAUGUACUCAAUGAAAAUUUAAUUUAGCAAUUUGUAAGAGUUGACCUUGAUAAAGCUAUCAUAUUGUAACCAGGGGUAAGAUUCCUUCUUAUCUCUUAGUAGUGCGUUCCACGUGUCUGUAUUCAAGUAGCUUGCUUAAAGUUGUUUGUCUCGUUGUAGUAAUAGAUAAGAUUCUUUCUUAUCUUCCACUACCCAAGAGCCUCUAUAUAAAGAGGGCUCUCCCGUUGUAAGAAAAACAUAUUCAAGAUAACCAUUGUAAGAUAUUCACCAUGAAUACUCUCUAAAUCUCUCUCUCUCUCUGAAAUCUUGAGUCUCCAAUAUGCUUAUCUUUGCUUACUAGUUUCACGUAUGCUCUAGGCUUGCCUCAUUCUUGAGGACUCUGCCUAUCAGAAAUGAAACUGAUCCGAUCCAUGAGAAGUUCCAGUAUUGGAAAGAAAGAACAUAUCGGCAUCCAUGACGAUCUUGUCAUAAGGUCCCUUGAAUCCCCAAUUGAGAUGAGUUUAGUGGGAAAUCGGGAUAGAGAUGACAAGAUGUAUUGGUCCCUUGGUAUGUUCUUUCAGAAGUACGUCUGGAUGCACCCCAUGGUAUCAGAGCCUAAUGAACUAAAGCAAAGAGAAGGUAUAUUGGAGAUAAU